AACUUCUAUUACCUACCGACAAAGGCCACUGCACACGUGAUCCCCAGGAGCACUUUCCGAGAGUAUCCUUCCGAAUUUCGAGAAGACGGAUCGAACUGAUUUACGAGUUGAUUACUCGUCAGGCCGUAUACUUCUGGGACAAGUGCGAUCAAACGUCAAAAAUAAAUUGCUUCUACCGAAUGCGUGUAUUUCUCGUAGAGGUAAAAAGGGAUCCAUCCGGAUCCAUGACGCAUCCGCCACGAUGAUUAUUCGCGUUAGUCGCUCCACCUUAGGAACGUGCAAGCGACACAAGGGAAUCGUUGACUAUCAAAGGCGUGCGAUUAGACGCAGUUCCACCCAGACCGCCAACAAGAUACUGGAACGCUUGCACGACAAAAGUGUAUUACGGGUAAGCGGCAAUGAGGCCUCCACUUUCCUGCAGGGAUUGAUAACGAACGAUAUGAAGCAUCUCGAUGAGGGGGCACCUAGCAUCUACACUCUGUUCUUGAACACCAGAGGCAGGGUGAUGUGCGACGCUAUAGUGUACAAGACCCAGGAAAGUGACUCGUACUACGUGGAAUGCGACUCACGCAUCGCCGCACCUCUAGAGAGACAUCUGAAAAUGUACCGCGUGAGACGAAAGAUAGACAUAGGACACGUAGAGGACCAGGUCGCAGUCUGGUCGAUGUUCGAUCCGACCGAACCCUUCAACGUCGCGACCACGACGAACGAAAAUGGCAAACGGAAACUGGAAGGAAUGAUAUUCCCGUGCGGCACGAUAAGCGACAAAGCCAGCAAGUUUAUCGGCAGCAUCACGAUACAUCAAGAUCCCAGGCUGCCCGACCUGGGUGUUAGAAUUUUAGCGGAGGCCCAGAUCGACGAGCGCGAGAUAACGAAGCAUUUCGAGCACGCUGUACGCCUGUCGGAUCGCGCCGAAAAUUACAGAGCGUUUCGAUAUAAGCUCGGAGUCGGGGAAGGCACGUGCGACCUACCACCCGGGAAAGCGUUGCCCCUCGAGAUCAAUUGCGAUUACUUGCACGGCGUCAGCUUUUACAAAGGCUGCUACAUCGGGCAGGAAUUAACCGCGCGCACGUAUCACACCGGCGUGGUGAGGAAGCGCCUGAUGCCACUGACGUUUCACCCUCCUCAUCCUAUCGAAACGGUCAGGUCGCUCGCGUACGACGAAAAGAUUCUCGACGAGUCCGGUAAUGUCGUGGGAAAGUUUCGGGGAUACGCCGAGAAAUAUGGAUUGGGCCUGAUGCGUAUCAAUGAAUCUCUCAAGGCUCAGCGACUCUCGAUCUUGGACGUGAACGUCCAAGUUAGCAAACCCGCGUGGUGGCCUCAAGAAUUUCAGGAGACAGUUUCCGCCAAAGAUGCCAAGUAACGAGACACUCCGAAGUAUUGUAUUCGACCUAGUAACAUCUACACGCACGUAACGUGUCGCGAGUACAAAAAUUAUCGCGACAAAUGUAGGAAUUCGCGAUCCCCGACACCUGACAUUGUAUAUUGUAAAAUAAAUUUCUUCCAAAGCCGAAA